CUGCCAGCUUCACUACAUAGGCUGGUCAAGUAAAAACAAGUGAUAUUUUAUACACACACACACACAAAAUGAAUUAAUUGAUCACGGUAUAUAUCAACAUAACAUGUCUUGACAGUCACAGAAAACCUCCCCAAACCCAAACAGAAUUCAUGCUCUAGUAGGCUACCAAAUGCCUUGAAAAAAUCUAGAAACAUGCUCGAAACAAUAUGUUGUCUAUCAUAUUUCUAAUCUAUGAGAUCUAGUGGAACUCCGGAUGAGAUAUUUCUGGUGAGUGUUAUAAGAGUAAAUACUUAAUGACUUUUCCAUACUCCAUAAUAUUUAGAAUACUGUAAUGGAAUGGCUGGGAUAAAAGCAAAGCAGUUUUAAAAUAUUUUGAUUUAAAUCAACGUGUGCCGUUAUCAAUCCCUUAUUUUCUUUCUCACUGGGAUCUGUAAAGUAGGUUAUUUCAUGCACAUGUUUAUCCAUAGUGUGGUGUAAAACUGGGGCCCUGGAGGGGGCCAGAUCAGUCCCCGCCAGCAAGUUUCAUACGGCCCCACCAGAGAUUUUGGGUAAAGGAAAAAUCAGAGGGAUAAAAGAUAUUCACAUCCAGUUGUCUUCAACAAUGUAAGCAAUAAGAAAUAUAUGAUAUGAUAAUUUGGUUAAACAUAGUGUGGGGUAUUGGGCCACACAAAAUAUAGGCUAUAUGUUAGCGAUGACUAGAUUAAACUCGAAAUUUCGAAAAAUUCAACGUUUUGAAUGCCAGAUUAAAAGACAUAAGGCAUUCUGUUGAGUCGGUCAACUGAUUGACUGACUGUCCGGAUUCAGUGGCAUCUAGCUCUCUCUCCAAACUAGUUUUGCAAUGACAAGAAUAAAGGCGAAACGUCGAGAUUAAAGUUAGUCGACGUGAUAAACCAAUUUAAUUUUAAUUUGAAUCUCGCCAUGGCGACUUUAAUCUGGACACUUGUUAAAGUCCACAAAUAUUUCAACGAUAUAUCCGCUGUAAGAUCUUUGAUGGUAAAGAACAAAGAAUCUUUGGCCAUGACGGACCCCACAACGAAUCCAACCCCACUGCCUAAUAUAUGUUUGAUGACACCCCUGCCAUAGACUAGCCUGGGUUUCCCCAUGCGUUAGCAAGGCUAGCCAUAGAGAGUAAAAAUAUGAAAGUGUUUAUCAGGUUUCCUAUAUCAAACUGAUCUGCUUUUUAUCUUGCAAUGCUCCUUUUAACAUGUAUGUGUAAUCAAAGAAUGUCUAUAAUAGUAGUAGACGGACCCUCUGCACUGAUAUAUAAGUAGAACACUUUAUACUUUACACUUUGCAGUGGCUCUCUGGUGUAGUGUAAACAUUGAACCGGAAGAGGACAACGUUAGCUUCCGGAGCAAUGCCUCAAACAUUUUGGCGGUUGCUGUGCUCACGUCACAUCAAUGGGCUGUGGUACCACAAAUCUGGCCAACUUUUUUGAAGAAUGGCCUUAAAUCAAAAGGAAAGUGCUAAAUAUUUAUGGGCAUUUCUCUUAAGUCUUGGAUUUAAAGCCGAAGGAAAUAAACGCCAUGUCGUCCUCGGAGAGACUAUGUUUGACAAACCCAACAAGGAAGCUUUUUACAUCGUCAUCCACUUCCUUAUGGAGAAACUUAAUCCAGCACGUACCCACGAGGAUUUCAGACAUUGCUAUCCAGUGUUGGACCGUAAGCAGGAUGCUGAGUUUAGAAAGCUUACCUUGGCUCGACUUCAGGAGAUUUCGAAUGAGACGGGCGGCUCCUUCCCUAAAGUGCUGGCUUCCCACCUGCUCUCCCCCUGCGGGCCCAAGUUCAUCAACAUCAUGCUGGGUCUGACCAAACACGUCAUGCUGGAGGAGAUGAAGAGCUUCCGCACAGAUGGCUCGUGGGUCCCGGCAGCUGUUGCGGUGCCCGCGAGCAGUUUGGAGAUGGCACAGAAACGCCUCCAGGUCGCAAGGUCACGCCACAUUGCGGCCAUCGUGGCUCGGGACCGCCUCAAUUGGGAACGCCAGCUUAGAAUCAAGUCCUGGGAGAAGUCUGUGCGAGCCCUCAUGGCAGAGAAUGCCAAGUAUGAGGAAUUGCUUGAAAGCCUGGAAGCCUCUGAUGAGCAGAAUGGAGGUCUGGUGCAGGAGAAGGUUCUGAAGGUGCGCGCUCUGUGGCAGGAAGUGGGGAAGGUACUGUCCAGCCUGAGGGAGAAGCAGGGGAUCAUGGACCGCGUGCUCCAGGGCGACGUGGACCAAUACACGCUGGACGGAGCCGACAUGAAGCUGAGAGUCCCCGCAGGGCUCCAGGAAAGGAUGGACAAGAUGGCCGACCAGACCAGCAGGGGGAGCCGGUGUGACUCGACUCAGCCUUCGCUGCUCCACCUGCUGGACCUGCUCAAGGAGGCCCUGGCCACUCUCAAUGAGGAGCGUUGCCGAGUUCUGGGCCCCACGGCGGAGCUGCGUGCUGAGGCUCACUCAGAGGGCCCCACGACGCAGGUGGAUGGGGAAGCCCUGCGGCAACACGCGAGUCGGAUAGCCCAAGCUCAGGAAGACCUGAAUAGGCUGAGGUCCAGAAUGAGCACCGAGGACAUCCCUCAGACCAAGAGUGCCAUAAAAGACGCAGAGGCCAGCUGGGACAGGAAGUGGACAGAGCUGUUGAAGAACAGCGUCCUGUCCUCUGUCGUCAGCGCUGACCCAGGUGUGGAUGUUCUCCCUGCCAUGACAGCCCUGUCCUUUGAGCCGACUCCUGAGGACCUGGUCAGACAGAGUGUCCUCUUCCGACACCCUCCCACUUCCACAGAACCAGAGGUGAAGAUUCCACAGAGUCGGCAGAAUCUAGUGGAGGAGAUGGUUACGAAACAAGCAGAAGACCAUGUGUUUGGAUUCGGUUCCUGUGGAAACUCCCAUGAUGCCUUCGUUCUGGAAUCGCCAAGAGCAGUCACACCAGUGCAGCCAGCUCCUGAACAACCUCCCCAAAAAACUCCUCUGGUGUCUAUACUAAAGGACAAGACAAAACCUGCCAAUGCACAGACCAAAAAGUCUGCAGUGAAGAAAAAAGCAGAAAUCUUGGAUCUUGAGUUUGAUAAUUUGGCUGAGCAGUUUGCUCAGGCGGUGACCACUAACCCUCAAGACCAAGAGGACAGUGAGGGAGGCAUGGGCUUGGAGCACCUUCUGAGCAACAUGAUCGAGCCUCUCUCUGCCCGCAGACAGCUACCCCGCACACCAGAGAGCCUGAUUGCAGACGUCAGGACAUCCUGGAGGAAGGCAGUGGAGGACGGCGUGACCCAGAAGGUGCGUCCUUCCGGAAAGUUCCCUGACAGUUUCACUGGCCUUUUCACGCCCUACUCGGAGGCUAGCAGAAGCAACGUGAACCCUGACGUGUCCUCCCUGAGUGCCAGCGACGCCCCUGUAUCAACCACUAUGCCUCUCCACACUCCCAGUGGCCAUACUGCCACAACAGCCUCUGUGCCUCGCAGUCCCACUCUCCGCCAGCAGAGGGAAGCAGUUCCCUUCCUAAUGUCAUUUGACUCCUCCCAUGUGGAGUCUUUGACCAGUCGGAGUGCCAACGAGGGUUUCGACUUCAGCAUAGCCAACGAGACCAUCCCGGAGUUGUCCAGUGGCGACAGUCUCCUUGGCAACGACAGUCUCCUAAGCAACAACAGCCAGGACCCCUCGCAAGAAGUGGAAGAGUUAGAGGACGGACCUGGGGAGGAACUCGUUUUGCCCCAAGUCGCGUCCCCUCUGGAGGGAGACAAAGUGUCGUCCUUGCUGUCGGCACGACUGCGGCUCCAGUCCAUCCUCGAGAAGACUUCUUUCGUCGGCGCCACGGACCAAGACCUCCUCGGCUUUUCCCCCUGUGCCGCCCAAGGCACUCCUCACCGGGGCAGCAAGGGGCAGGGGACUGGGGACUGGGAUGCCCCCCAACAGGUCUUCUCCUUGGACUUGGACCAGCUUGAGAGCCCCUCUCCUCCUCGCCAAGGAGACAUGCACCUACCAAACCUACUCACCUUCUCUCCAGUCGACCAGCUGUAGCAGAGUCUGAGAUGUGGGUUCUUAGUUCAGUGCGAUUAAACAUUUGUGUUAAAUAGCCUUAAAAUAUGCCUGUGUUUUGUGUGUGUCUGUGUGUAAAUAAGUGCUUGUCUCAAGAUGUUAAAAUGUAGUUGAUGUCUGCCUUUCGAAUUAUGAUUUAACUUGAAUGACUAACUUGGCCUUUUUCAUGAACUUUGUCACCUUCCCCGUUUGAAAUAAAAUUAAUACAUUUUAAUAAAAUUAAA